GCGCGCCCUCGCUCCCUCUGCGAGCCCUUCUCCACUUAAACUUCCCUGGGUCGCGACAUGGCUCGUUGAGUUUUAGCUGGCCGUCUGCCUCUUCUCCCUUGCUUCCGGGCCCAAUGCCUUCCCGUCUGUUCUCCCGCGACUCGGCCGCCUCAGAGCAGCCGCCGCCUCUGCCCUUCACCGGCGACAGCGCCAAUGACGCCGACUUUGCUCCCGACCAGGCGCACGCUGAGAAUGGCGGGCCCAGUGUGCCGCGGCGCAUAAGAGGCCAGUCGAUUGCCGCCACCGCCCUCUCGGCCUCGUACACGCGCAAUCCCAUCCGCUCCUUUGCCCACCAGACGUCGCACAGCUUUGCCGAUACCCCACACUACUCGUCGCAAGGCGUGCGCGAGAGAAGCUCCCAGCUGGCCUCGUACGCCCUCGAGGCCGAAAACUACCAGGACCGACCGCGCCACCACAGCUUCGCCGAAGCAGACACGUUCGCCGCGAGGCCGGCCGCCAUCCACUCGGGCAGCGAUGAUGGGCGCAUGUCGCAAGACUCUGGCCGCUGGACCGAUGCCACUGAUCAGGAAAGCGAAGCCGAGACGCCCGAGACGGUCAUCGGGCCCCAGCACCAACAAGGCAACUUCUUCAGCCCAAAGUCGCAAGCCCAUGCCACCCAAGGCGCAAGAAACGCAGCGUCAAUCUUACAUGCCCCGGGUGGAGCACAGCAAGACUCGGAGCGGACCCCUCUGCUCCCCCAAGCCAGGCUGUCGCGCUCAGACCUCCAGCACAAGCACAACACCAGCCAGCACCAUUCGUGGGUCCGGCGCGCCAAACCGAACCUCCCCCACCGCCUCAAGCACACCCUUGCUGCCGGUCGGGAACAUGUCCUUGGCGUGGGCCGCUCAUUGUCCGACCCCAGACACUACACCAAGGACGCUCUUAUUUCGCACGCCAUUGGCGGUGUCCAGAUCACUUGUGCCGUGUUUCUUGGUCUGCUCUUGAACUUGCUCGAUGCACUGUCUUACGGCUACAUCCUCUUCCCACUCGGUGCGCCCAUCUUCAGCAACACUGGUCCAGAUGGCAUUUCCAUCUUCUUUGUCAGCUGCAUCGUCUCGCAGCUCUGCUACUCCUUGGGCUUGUCCGUCUUCAAGGGUGGUGUCGGAUCCGAGAUGAUCGAGGUCGUGCCCUUUUUCCACAAAAUGGCCUACUCCAUCAUGCAUCAGAUGAAGGGCCAGUCAUCCGAGGCCAUUAUAGCCACCACCAUCGUUUCCUACUGCCUCAGUUCCAUCUUGACGGGCCUCAUUUUUCUCGCCCUGGGCGCAUUCAAGCUCGGCAACCUCGUCAGCUUCUUUCCAAGACACAUUCUGAUUGGCUGCAUUGGAGGAGUCGGCUUCUUCCUCAUGGUGACUGGCAUUGAGGUCUCGGCUCGGCUCGAGGGCAACCUCAACUAUGACCUCGCAACACUGCACAAGCUCUUCUCCCCGGACACUUGGUACCUGUGGAUGCUUCCUCUUGCCCUUGCCAUCACCAUCAUGGUACUACGACGGCUGUCCAAGAGCCCAUUUGUCUUGCCUGCCUUUUUCAUCUCUGUGUUUGCCGUAUUCUACAUCGUCGUCACGGGUAUCCUACACAAGGACUUGGAGUCUGUGCGCAAUGCGGGAUGGAUUUUUGAAAUGCCAGAAGCUGGUGUCAAGUUUUAUAGGUUUUAUACCUACUUCAAGUUUGGCAGCGUAGACGGGUCGGCGUUGGUUAGUACCAUCCCCACCAUGUUCGCUCUAUCCUUCUUCGGUAUCAUCCAUGUGCCAAUCAACGUUCCUGCUCUGGGCGCUGCCGUGAGAGAAGACAACCUCGAUGUGAACCGAGAAUUAAUUGCUCACGGCAUCUCAAACACUCUGUCCGGAUGUUUGGGUAGUAUUCAGAACUACCUAGUAUACGCUAACAGUGUCAUGUUUGUCGAUAACGGCGGCAACAGUCGCACGGCAGGUGUCAUGCUUGCCGUGGCCACGACUGCAGUAUGGCUAGCCGGCCCAGCCAUGAUUGGCUUCAUCCCCAUUUGUCUCGUUGGUGCGCUCAUCUUCCUCCUGGGCAUCGAUCUCAUGAAAGAAGCGCUCUGGGAUACCUUUGGCAAGUGUCACAAACUUGAGUACCUGACCAUCCUGGUCAUUGUCCUCAUCAUGGGUAUCCACGACUUUGUCGUCGGCAUAUUCGUUGGUAUUGUCCUUGCAUGCGUCAGCUACGUAGUGCAGAGCUCGCGCCAUUCAGCCAUACGAGCUACCUAUAGCGGCAUGAUUGCCGAGUCUACAGUGCGCCGCCCGCGAUCAGAUUCACGUUACCUGAGCCAGGUUCGAGGUCAGAUUCGUGCCAUUAAACUUGGAGGGUUCCUAUUCUUUGGCACCAUUGUAUCAGUCGAAGAGUACAUGCGCUCCUUGAUUGAUGACGAUAACUUUGAGAAGAACCCCAUCAGCUUCAUCAUUGUUGACUUUACCCAUGUCACGGAUGUCGAUUUUUCCAGCUCCGAGGGCUUCCAGCGCAUCAACCGAAUCCUGAACACCAAAAACGUCAAGAUGGUCAUUUCUGGUAUCUCUUUUUCUGAUCCGGUUGGACGUGCUCUGCAGAACGUCGGGCUGCUCGACGGAGAAGGAGAUGACUGCCCACCACCUCAGGUUUUUGAGGAUCUCAAUACGGCACUGGAAUCAUGCGAGAAUGAGCUGCUCGAAGUCUUCCACAGACACUGCAACAGACACUCGUCCAGGCAGCAGACCACGCCGCCAAUGAGCAUUGCGGGGGCCAAGGAUAUUUCUGCCAACGAGACCACGGCCGUCAGUGGCUCCCCUACUUCUAUCGGCGCCAGUUCCCUGAACCCCGUGUUCGCCUCGCCUCGCCGCGGUGCUAGACUGAUUGCCGCGCGUUCAGUGAUGCGUGAGAGCGGCGAAGACUAUCUCUCAAUAGCCGACAAUGCCUCCCAACACACGACACCCAGAGCCCCACCGCGAUGGCGAAAUUUUGCACAGCCACUGAAGAUUAUUCUGCAAACCUUUGAAGACGUGUCUAGCAAGAACGAGGACUUUUGGCAAGCUGUCGCACCUUACUUUGAGCGCAGAGAGUACCCUGCUGGUACGGUGCUGUACUCGCGUGGCGAUGACCCUGAUGGCUUCUACAUUCUAGAAAAGGGACGGCUCCGAACAGAGUACGAGCUCGACCAAGGUAGCUUCUUCGAGGUCAUCCUACCAGGUACAACGUGUGGCGAACUGCCAUUUUUUUCAGAGACAGACCGCACAGGCACAGUGGCAGCCGAGAACGACUCGGUGGCAUGGUUGCUCACACGAGAAAAAUACAAGGAGCUGGAAAAGAAGGACCAAGAAGUAGCUACCGAGUUGCUAAAGGUUGGGCUGAAGCUGACAAAGGAGCGCAUGGACGCGAUUACAAGUUAUGUACUUGUCACUGCGUCGUAGUUACAGAUGAUCCGGAUGGAGCUUGGCGUCAAAAGUGUGGUGAGGUUUUUUCUACGAGUGCAUGUUUGGGAGACCUAGGAAGACUAGUGUGGUCGAAAAGUUGUUGUUUAAUUGCAUAGCGAGUGGCUGCCCUGUACGAGACUUGCAGGGCCAAAAGCUUGAUCCAAGGCAUGAGAUUUAAUCAUACAAUCA